GGAGCUCGAGGCCUUUGUCACCUCUUGGAACUUCGCCCACUACAAGCGCGUCCUGUAAAAGAUGCAAACUGUGUGCAUCUCCCUCCCCGGGUGGGAAGCGAGAAACGACGGGGUCGUCGCCUCUCUGUAUGAUGGAUGAUGGUUCCUAGAUGGAUAGAUUUGUUUUGGUCCGGGCUUUUUUCCCUAGCGUCAUCAUUCUAGAUUAGCAUGUUCAGCCUCUCUGAUCUUUAUGGAAAGACACUGAUUUUUCAGACUUUGCAACGACCCAACUUUUGUCCUUGCUCUCCCACCGUGAACAAGUACGAGGCGAAAGUAGUCGUCGAGAAAACUCGCAUGCAAAAUGGUGAACCGAGCUCUCUCCCUUCGUCUUUUAGUAAUUUUUUUCUUCUUCCAUUGUUGUUGGCAUCAUUGACCGACGGUUGGAUCGCCGCCCAUCAGGCUCGAAUGAAAAGACUUCCGAGUCCGCGAGCAUCAAUCCGUCCCUAUGUAUUGUUGGGGGUUUGUGCAGGCAAGGUAAAGGCUUUCCCUGUCCGUUUAAUCAUCCCAUACGCCAUCGUAAAUAACAUGAACCCCCCCGAUCGGUGCUUGUAUAUGAAUCGAUCAAUGCUUGAUUCUUUUCUAGGUCCCUUUUCGUAUGAGGUCCAUAGCCAUCCUCUCCUCGCAUGAACCGUCCACGCACAUGCCCGUGCCCAUGCCCAUGCCCAUGUCGUUUCCCAUGCCGUUCCGACAGAAGGUGCGUACACGACAGUGGUUUUCCCUUUUCGUUCCCGCAGUUCAUGGGUUACGCGAAGAAA